AUGUGGCCAUCCCAGCGUGUGCUGCCUGGUGGCCAGAGUCUGAACUGGGAGAUGAGGCAAGAUAAUGCCAAAUCCCAGAAAUCUGGGGAAGGGGCUGUUGGGGACAGGACUGAGGUUUCAGCCUUCUGCUCCUCCACAGAGAUCCGAGAAGCCUUCAAGGUGUUUGAUCGUGAUGGCAAUGGCUUCAUCUCUAAGCAGGAGCUGGGAACGGCCAUGCGCUCCCUGGGUUACAUGCCCAACGAGGUGGAGCUGGAGGUUAUCAUCCAGCGGCUGGACAUGGAUGGUGAUGGCCAAGUGGACUUUGAGGAGUUUGUAACACUCCUGGGACCCAAGCUUUCCACCUCGGGGAUCCCAGAGAAGUUCCACGGCACGGACUUUGACACUGUCUUCUGGAAGUGUGACAUGCAGAAGCUGACGGUGGAUGAGCUGAAGCGACUCCUCUAUGACACCUUCUGCGAGCACCUGUCCAUGAAGGACAUAGAGAACAUCAUCAUGACAGAAGAGGAGAGCCACCUGGGCACUGCCGAGGAGUGUCCUGUGGACGUGGAGACCUGUUCCAACCAGCAGAUCCGCCAGACGUGCGUGCGCAAGAGCCUGAUCUGCGCCUUCGCCAUCGCCUUCAUCAUCAGCGUCAUGCUCAUCGCGGCCAACCAGGUGCUGCGCAGUGGCAUGAAAUAGGCACCACCGAGUGCCCGCCUGGCACAUGCAGUGCCCAGGCUCACUCCACACUCACCGCUGCCUGCAGCCCUUCCCCCAGCUUACCCCUUGGGCCACUGCCCACGGGCACUUCAAGCCUGGACACUGACCACCCCAAUCCUCACCCCAUAGGCCUUGCAUGGAGCCAUGGCCCGGCUGUGGAGGACCUGGUGGUAGCUCUGAGGACAGCGCUAGUCCCUAUACCCUGCCUGUGCCCUCACCUGGCCUGUAUGUAGCGUUAACUUCCCACCACCCAGGAGCUCCUGGGAAAGGAGGGCCUUCACAGGAGUCCCUGGGAUCCAGUUAGUGCUGUGAUCUUUUAGGCAGGCGAGAAACUCAUGUCCAGAGCUGUGGGGUGGGGUGGAGGUGGGCACAAGGCUGGGGUCCUGGGUCCCUUCCUCUGACCCCCCUUAGACCCAAAGCCAGUCUUCCCAUCCACCUGUGUCUGCCCAUUUCACAGCUGAGGAGCCUGAGGCUUGAGGGGCUAAGAUCUGGUUUCAGAUUCUUCUUCCACACGGCUUUUCAGGAAAGGCUAAUGCUCACACAAGGUGGGCAUCAGAGGUAGCUCUAAGGCCCAUGAAUUUCUGAGCCUUCCACCAAAGUCCUAGAGACUAAGGGCCAAGUUGUCCCCCAGCACAGACCCUAGAAACCCAACUGAGGAGGAAAGCAGAGCUCCUGGGGCCUGUGCGACGUCCCCACUGGCCAGGGUGCACCCUUGGAAGGCCCUGGGCCGCUUCUGAGGGAUCUGACUCCCCUGAGGACCACUCUUCCAAGUCCAGGCUCUGCCUUCUGGGGUGGGGGGGCACUUCUCUGUACCCUCAGGGCCGGAGAUCCAGCUCUCAUCCCUGUUCCACGUGUGCCACGCCAUUUCUUGGCACCGGCACAGCCCGGGCAGAUGCAGGGCUGUAGCUCUUCAGGGGCUGAGACGGUUGGCAGAGUCCUUGGGCUCCCUUCCCUAGCCUGGGGCCACUUACUAUCUGGGCCACAGCCACAUUGGCAUGCUCCGUGCCCGGCCUGGCUGAGCCUCUACUGAUCCCCCAGCAAGAAGAGCUGUAAGCAGAGGACACCCUGGAGGGGAGUUUGUCUCAUCCAGCCCACCUGUCCCCUGACGGAGGCAGGAGGACACAGCCAAGAACAUGAGUGCCAGCAAAACCACCGAGGAUAGACUUUCUUUAUAAACAUUUGGAUGUUUCUCACCCAUCUUCUCAAGAUAUGCCCUGAGGGAUGGUGGGUGGGUGGAGAGGCCAAGCUCAUAGGCCCAGAGGCUCCAGGGGACAGUGGGCAGGCAGCUCCACUUCCUAGGUCGAGCAACUGUCUUUACUAUGACUGGUGACCCGGAGAAGUCAAGCGGAGAAAUCAGGGGAAGAGUUCAGCCCCACUGGACUCUGGACUGUAGGGACCAUCCUCCAGGAGGGGGUGCCCGCAGGGAGGGGGGCAGCUCCUGCACUGGCGGCCAGCCCACGGGGUACUGGAAGACAGUGGUUCUGAUGGGUUCGGUCCUAGAGAGAAGAAAGGCAGAGGGUCAGAGCGGGGGUCUCCCGGAUCCACCUUGCUCUCCCACCACACUGGCUGUGGGAACGGUGGUCACCUGCACGACCCUUCUGGAAGCAGAGCCUUGAUAACAUGCAGACCCUCAGAGCUGCCACCCCUUCUCGGAACUGAGUCCAUGUGGGGCUCUAAGCAGAGACUGAACGACAGGAAUGGCCCUGGGCAAUAUGGAAGUACUCUUACACCUGUGGGGAGUGGUUAAACAUAUAUGCACGCCAACAGCAGAGAUGCUAUGCAGCCUGUGUAAAUCAAGGCCUAUAUGCACUGAUGAGGAGAGAUGUACUAUGUGAGUAAUGAGAAAAAGCUUAUAAAAUAAUGUAUAUAGCAUGAUACUAUUUUUGUUUAAAAAUAUAUAACAUAUAUAAAUGCAUAAAAACAAUCCUGGAAGUCAUGGAAAAUGUUAA